GUGGGAAUUAGUUUUCAAAGUUGUGACUGGCGGACCAUUUGGAGCUUAUGAUUUAUUCAUAAAUAAUGGCACACGCAAUAUAAACAACUUGGCAGCCCAGCAACUGACGAAUCAGGUUUUGGAUCAUUACAAAUCUGAUGUCAUGGACAAUAUGCAUUCAAACGGCGUCACUAAGAUAAGGGUAUCCUACUACUUCGGAGGCGUUGAAGCUCAGUACUUUGUUUUUGACGCAGUAGGGGCCAACAAAACUGGAUGGUUCAGUCGAUAUCGAUUGUUGGAGACCAGCUAUGAUAUCACGGCGUUUGGAAAUGCAACAGGCAUUUUUGGAGAGUAUUUUAGUCUCGAGGGCGAUACAGUGAGCUCUAAGACUUCUCCGGUGCAUCGACAUUUUUACGUUAACCAGGGUUAUUACCAAUGUUUAAAAGAUCUAGGCUGGACGCAUGUUGUUGAUGGACUAGGGCCUUGUUCAUAUGAAACACUACCUACAACCGCUGUUUAUUACGUUAAUACAUCAUCAUAUUCGUUGAUGCCUGGACAGACUGCUGAUUUCAUGGCAGUAUUUGUAAAAAGAGGAAUUUGCAGAUCAUCAUCAUCUUUACUUGGUAAGGAAUAUCUGUUGAACAACGAGACAGAGGAAAUUCAGCAGAGGAUAAACGAAAUCAAAGCAAAUUUAACAAUAUCAGUGAACACUACGUCACAGUAUCUCCGCAGUAAAACAUGCGCAGAAGAUGAACGAAUGACAUCACGUGCCAUUGGAUUUGUUUUUGGAGUUGGUCUUAUUUCUGUCUUGUCUGCUCUGAUCUUAUUUCCCGAUAUCCAUAUAUUUAUUAACCAUGCUUUGAAAGGAGUUUCAAAGAAAACAGGUCAAAACAAUGUGACAAAAUGAAAUGAGUGAAUAUCUAGUUGCAGUUACAGUUGUGUUAUUGUAUUAUUGCUGGACGUAUUUACUAUAGCAAAGUUCAUCACGUGCCGUAGGAUUCGUUCUUUUGUGAUCUGCUAUGACUGAGUGCAUUUACGGUGUAUGAGAGAUACGGCAAACUUCCGUAUUUGCGCACACAUCACGCUUUGAACUAUUUUGUUAACUAUACAGUGACAGCACCAUGUAAAUAUUUAAUUGAUAGUUUUAUAAUCAAGGAGCAAUAUUUUAUUUGUUUUAUAUAGAGAUGUAAACAUUUAUACAGUUAUAUGAUGGUUUAAAUAAUAUUUUCCUUUUUUACAUGCAAAAGAAUUUCGCUCAAAAGUACACUUCGUCGUCUAUUCAUAUAUUUAUUAUAUUUUUUGAAUGUUGUACGUGUAAGUAAAACAUGAACAAAUAUUUCACUUUGAUAACUGGUAUCACAUGUCAAUCAUUCUUUUAAGAGGAACACUAGUACUAAUCCUCCAAAGACGUUGAUUCGCUUUACUUUAAAACUAGUUUAACAUUUUGUGGCGGUAGACUUGUUUAUUUUAUGUGUAUUAAUUAAUAUUUCAGUAAUUGAAUUGUAUUUAAUCAGCAUAUGUUUAUGUGUAUUAGUGUGCAUAUUGUUAUUAUAGUAAUAUUGUUCACGUAUAUCAAGUUGUCGCAUUCGUUGUAUAAUUAACGUCAUUCGUUAAGUAUGACGUCACAGUACGUCCCGGCCCGGGGUAGCCCGACGUUGUUUUGUAUGUCCAUAUAUUGUUGAGAAGCAGGAUUUGAGAGAGUGGGGUGGAAAACAUUUGAACAGUAAGCACUGUUAUUGUUACGCUGUGCAAGUAUUGUUGUAAUAUCUUAAUAAACGGUUAUAAAACUAGAAUCGAUUCCUGUGCUUAAUUCGGGACUAUAUACAGUACUGUAUAACAUUGGGCAACCGCCCGUUACAUUUUUGGGGGCUUCGUCCGCGGGAUAUUGAUUCUGGUUUUAACUGUUUGUUUUGUAUAGUUUGUUACAAAGGAAAAAAACUAAAGCCAAUGGCUUCGAAUGAAUCAUUUUUACAUAACUUGUCCAGUGGUUUUAACGGGUUUGUGAAAUUUUUCACACCAAGUUUCUUGAUGCGCGGAUCUCCGCCAUUAUUGACAACAGACGAUAAGUCCGCUCCCUUAGAUCAGAACAGAUCUUUCGAGAAUAACGGCGAAUGUAGACAUAUAUGUAACAAAGCAGUUAGUAAGAAAGCUCAGAACUUACCCCUAGACAUUGACUGUUCAGAGACCGAAUACGAGUCCGAGCGCUUAUUUAAUGGAACGUUUGAUCCGCCUCUUGACAGUCUUGGAAAGAACGAUAACUCAGUCGUUAGACCAAAAUCUUAUCAAAACAAUGAUCGAUGUCUUUCAAAAUCAGAAAGUGAAUUUAUCACUUGUACGUGUCCGCGACACAGAAAUUGUAGGUCGGUCGCUGAUCAUUCAUCACAGAAACACGAUCCGUACCCCUUUCCAGAUACACAAGUUCAUGUUGAAUCAGGUUUGUUUUCACGUUCACAACAAAGUCCUCUCCACUGUUUCGAUAGGAAUGAAGAAUUAUCGUGUGAUUCAAGACAACGUGUAUCAUAUAGGAGAAUGAAUACUCCUGAUAUAGUUGAAACAUUCACACAUAAUCCAAAAUAUUUUGGAAGAAACAUAAAUCCU